CAGCACAGUCCCCCUCCCCUUCCUGCCCACAGUGCGGUUUUGUAACGCCAGGCCCAUGUUAUUGUUUAUUGAGUGUCUGCUCCAGAAAAGGUCCUUUAAUGGGGUUCAACCUAGGUCAUAGCUUCAGCAGAUACAGCUGUUGGCUUUUAUGGCAACAAUUCCAUCGAACUACGCUAAGUUAAAACAAAAACCUGGCCUUUCCUUCGCCUCCAGGAGCAGAGACAACGGAGAGUUCAGUUUUGAACGGGCUUUGCACCGAGAGCUAACUUUGGCGGAGUUACCUUACAGCUACAACAAAUAACACAUAGGUUAGCUACGUGUUAGCUUCGGAUAGAACAGCGCCUCCGGACGACGUUAACCGGAUGUUUCACCGCUCGCAGAGAAGCUGGUAACGUUACGUUGAUCAACAUGGUGACACUGUCAUCUGUAGUAAGACCCCUGGCUUCCCAGUUUCACCGACGGCUCGUCAGACACGCCAAGAGUCACCGGAUAACGCCCGCCAGGAGAUGCAACCUCGCGGCCUGCUCAAGCAAAUAUGUGCUGUCACAAAUGCAUCCCAUGUGGCAGGGACCCCUCGUGGUACCAGGAGGUGAUAAUCAGUCUCCCAUCGACAUUGUUGUGCGGAAGAGUGUCUUUGAUUCUGAGCUGAAGCCUCUGGUCACUGAUUAUGACCCAGACACCUGCCAACAAAUCUGGAACAAUGGUUAUUCCUUCCUGGUAGAGUAUAAUGACACUACAGACAAGUCCACACUGAAAGGGGGCCCCCUGCAAGAUACAUUCAGGCUGUGUCAGUUCCACUUCCACUGGGGCGAGAGCAAUGUGUGGGGGUCAGAGCACACAGUAGACAGGAGGAUGUUCCCAGCAGAGCUCCACUUGGUCCACUGGAACUCUGACAAGUACAGUCUAUUUGAAGAGGCAGUGAUGGAGGACAAUGGACUGGCUGUGAUUGGAGUCUUUCUGAAGGUGGGAAAGAGACAUGAGGGGCUACAGAAACUGGUGGACGCUUUGCCUGCAAUCAGACACGAGGGCAGUGUAGUAGAGUUUACUAGGUUUGACCCUGCCUGUCUGUUACCCACCAACACCGAUGACUACUGGACAUACCAUGGCUCUCUGACAACACCCCCUCUGACAGAGUCUGUCUCCUGGAUCAUCAUGAAGCAGCACAUAGAAGUCAGCCAUGACCAGCUGGCGGUCUUCCGGAGCCUCCUGUUCACCUCAGCAAAGGAUGACGUACAGAAGAGUAUGGUGAACAACUUCCGUGUGCAGCAGCCUUUGUGCGGUCGCACCGUCCGCUCUUCUUUCAUUCCCUUCCUUCAGGAGGUGUCAUCAGUCGAAGGCGACAAACACUGAUGGACCCAGUACACACAACCUCUUGCACAGUAAAGGACACUAUGGCAGCCAAUACACACAGUUAUCACACAAACUACUUUUAAUAUGUGAACGACUUUUAUUCUGUCAUAAUACAGUGUUGUUCAUUAGCAUGAGCAACUUUAGUUAGACUUGCAUUUUAAUUACAAGCAGUAAAGCAUUAAAUAGGUGGGAUGCAAGGGUACAUUUGUGUUUUUAUUAGUGUUCAGAUUUCAGUUUGUGUGAUUCAAACCAAUAAGGGGUGAUUGUUGUGGAUAUAUGUAAGGUUUACUGAUGUUUUUUUCUAAUUAAUGAGUAAUGACAUAAAUCAUAUUUAUUAUACAUCUAUAAUUUUAAUAUUUACUUUCCAUGGGUUUGUACUGGAGGCCAGGGUAGGGAACCACACUGAGCUGGAAGUAAAACCUCAUUAGCACAAACAUGUAGUUUAAAGUCCAGGUAAAGUAGAAAUAAAUAUGUUCUGAGUUUGUCAGACCACAGGAAAAUCUCACUAUUAACAACCAAGCUAAAUUUGAAUGAAUGAUUAAAAAGAUUGCCAAGUAUAUAAAAUUUGAUUUUAAAGUGAUGAAAAAAUGUGGAGUAUUUUCUGCUCUGAAAUGCCAGGGGCAUCUGAUGGUGACGCUGAACUGCGCCCAAUCGCGGAAAUGUGCCACCUGUCCUGAUCAUUAAGGCAGAACAUCCAGAGGCAUCGCUACAGUAGCUAGCUAGCAAACUGUAGGCUGUAGUAGGUGUAGUAACUCGUGAUCAAACAGGAGAACUGGUACUAAUGAGCUAGGGAUCUACAGGAGCAUUUUAUCAAAGACCAUUAACUAAGAUAAGAUGAAAAAUAAUGUUUUGGAGUUUAUGGAGCCAUUUCUCCUAUGUGAUGUUUGAGUGAGAUUGGGCGGUGCUCCGGUCCUUUGUGGGCACACGUGCGCGCACACACACAAACGGAGCAAGACAGCUGCUGUCACAGACUCGCAGCAGCAGAGACAGGGAGACCAGGAGAAGUGAAAGUUAUGCCUGUUUCUGUACAUGCAAUAAAACCUUCGUGAGUAAAAAAAAAAGUCAGUAGGAGUAUUUUAACAAAACACCAGCUAAAUAAGCAUAAUCAGAAAAGUGAAAAUGUUAACCUUGUUCAGUCUACGAGCUUGUUAGGCUAACAGCAGAGUGCUAACUGUGGUGACCUGUCCACUGCAGUAACUUCACAUCCGCUGUGGCCAUUAACUCCCUUGCUCUAGUGCUGGGUAUUGAACUUUGAUACUUUUAUGGCAUCCGUUGAUUUACUAUAAAGUAUUGAAAAAUCCUUUUCUGCAUUUUUGUUUAAUGUUAACAGAGCUUAAGGUUGUGGUAAAUAGGUUUGCUUUUUACUUUAUGAAACUGUUGAGUGGACAAAAAUGCCAAGUAAUUGAAAAAUAAAACAAUCUACUGUCAUUAAAAUUGAUCAGCUCAGGAACAGGAUAGAGGAAAUGAUUAAUCAUUGCCAUUAAUAGACUUCCUGGUCAGCUGAUUGAAUCUGGUUGAUAUUGGGAGGGAAUUGCUGUUCUCAUUUGUCCUGUUUUGUUGGUUUUAUGCCACCUCACAUUUAUUUAUUUGUGGUAAAGAUCUGAUGCUGUGAUGUGCAGUGAGAGCUGUUAAUUCAUUGUGAUGGCUGCAGACUCAUGAGUUAACAGUGAAGGGGCCAAACUGGGCAGCUGUGACAUUACAGAUGUUAGGGCGGGCGAGGUGUGGAGUGUGAUCUUUGCAUCAGAAACAUGUCUAGCAAUGUGUUGAUUUUCAUUUCUUUAUAGAUGAUAUGCAAUACUGAAUUUAUGUUUGAUGUGUUAUAACAUGGAGACAAGGGACCUAAUGCAGCCUUUAUUUUUACAACUGUUUUUUAUUGCUGUAUUUGAAUCAUGCACCAGGAUCUGUUUCAUGUUUCAAGGCAUUUUGCUCCUUUUAACCUUUAUUGUUACAUGACAUCCCAAACCAGUUUAUGGUGACUGUGUUCAGUGAUGGUUCAAAAUGAGGGUGAUGUAAUGUUUUCUGCAUCAGUUGUCUUAAGGAAUUUUAAAAUCUUUAUUUUUCAUCCUCUCACUUCCAAACUCAAGUGUUACAAAAUGCUGUCAUUUUUUUAUGUUUUACACCCUUGGUACGUCUUUACUUGCCUUCUGUAGCUCAGUGUGACGUUUUAGUACAUAUUUUAGCUGUUUAUUUGUCCAGUGGGUAACCAACAUUCCUGUCCUGUGGGACUCUACUUGGCCACUCUCUCUUCCCAGCAUGCCUUGCUCCACCUGAAUGGCUUCUUCUAAACCUUCAGCUGUGCAACUGAGAAGUGUUUUACUCCCAGAGACCCCUGCUCCACAAGGGGAAUGUUGAAAAUCACCCACUUGUUUUACAUGAUGUAGAUGUAAAGAUGAUUUUAGAGAAACUGACAUUAAUAGAUGUAUAACAAUAAAUGUGACAUCAGAAAGA